AUGUCGAGCCAGCACGAUGAGAUAGAACUGUCAAGAGAGGCCAACCAUUUCAGCCUCUCUACUGGUUUAUUGCCUUCACUUGGAGCCAGCCAUGCCCCCAGAAUUAGCCUCAAAACCUGCAUUAUCUCACCUUAUGAUCGUCGUUACAGGUUGUGGGAGAACUUUCUGAUCAUUCUGGUCGGGUACACUGCAUGGGUAUCGCCAUUUGAGUUCGGCUUCCUGGAAAAGCCAGUAGGGUUCCUCUCGAUCACGGACAAUGUUACGAAUGGACUCUUCGCUGUGGAUAUAAUUCUCACAUUCUUCGUCGCUUACAUUGACAAACUCACUUACCUUUUGGUUGAAGAUCGAAAAGCCAUUGCCGCGAGAUAUCUCAAGACUUGGUUCGUCUUCGAUGUCAUCUCCAUUAUCCCUUCGGAGCUCGCCCGCCAAAUUCCCAUCUCACCGUUUCAAUCCUAUGGACCUUUCAACAUGCUUCGUCUUUGGCGAAUCCGAAGAGUUGGUGCCCUGUUUGCUAGACUGGAGAAGGACAUACACUAUAACUAUUUCUGGGUUCGGUGUGCUAAGCUUAUUUGUGUGACCCUCUUUGUUGUACACUUAGCCGGAUGCUUCUUUUAUUAUAUUGCCGCACAUUCUGAUCCCAAACAGACUUGGAUCGGGCUAUCAUUGGAAGACUUCCAUCAAGAGAGCUAUUAUACAAAAUAUGUGUAUUCUAUGUACUGGUCUAUCACUACUUUAGCCACUGUUGGCUAUGGCGAUUUGCAUCCAGUAAAUACGUCAGAGAUGGUCUUUGACAUCUGUUACAUGUUGUUCAAUCUGGGUUUAACGUCCUAUUUGAUUGGUAAUAUGACCAACUUAAUUGUCAACGGCACAAGUCGAACCAGUAGAUUUAGGGAUACCAUACAGGCUGCCUCAAAUUUUGCGGAACGGAACCAUUUGCCUUCUCGUCUGAAAGACCAGAUGCUUGAACACAUGUGUUUGAGGUUCAGAACAGACUCAGAGGGAUUGCAGCAUCACGAGAGCCUCGAUACUCUUCCUAAAGCUAUCAGAUCAAGCAUCUCACGUAAUCUUUUCUACUCUGUGGUAGAUGAUGUCUACUUGUUUUCUGGAGUUUCAAAGAACUUGCUUUUUCAACUGGUAACAGAGAUGAAAGCAGAGUAUUUCCCCCCGAAAGAAGAUGUUAUCUUGCAGAACGAAGAACCAACUGAUCUUUAUAUCAUAGUCACUGGUGCUGCGGACUUGCUAGUUUUCAAAAAUGGAGUCGAAGAGGCCGUAGGCGAGGCUAGAGCUGGUGAUGUUUUCGGCGAGAUCGGAGUGCUUUGCUAUAGACUACAACCCUUUACCGUUCGAACCAAGCGACUGAGCCAGCUACUGAGGUUGAACCGUACCACAUUUUUAAAUGCUAUUCAGGCCAACGUGGGAGAUGGGAACGUAAUCAUGAAUAAUCUCCUUCAGCAUUUGAAAGAACUUAAGGACCCAUUUAUGGAUGGAAUCCUAGUGACAACAGAGAACUUGCUGGCCAGUGGUAGGGUGAAUCUACCGCUUAGUCUGUCCUUCGCCGCAUUAAGAGGAGAUGACUGGUUGUUGCAUCAAUUGUUGAAUCGGGGCUUGGAUCCAAAUGAAUCCGACAACAAAGGAAGGACUGCUUUGCACAUAGCAGCAUCCAAAGGGAGCUUGGACCAUGUCAGGCUUCUUUUAGAUCAUGGGGCAUAUCCAAACAUUAGAGAUUAUGAUGGUAGUGUCCCAUUAUGGGAGGCAAUAGUGGGUGGACACGAAUCCGUGAGCAAGCUGUUGGUAAAAAAUGGCGCUAACUUAGAAUGUGGAGAUAUGGGUCAAUUUGCAUGCAUUGCCGCUGAACAGGGCAACCUGAACUUGCUCAAGGAUAUAGUGAAACAUCGAGGGGAUGUAUCACUUUCUAGGAAUUAUGAUGGGACCACAGCAUUACAUAUUGCUGUCUGUGAAGGCAAUGUUGAGAUAGUCAAGUUCCUUUUGGAUCAAGGGGCUGACGUUGACAAACCAGACAGGCAUGGUUGGAAGCCAAGAGCCCUAGCAGAUCAACAGGGACAUGAGGAAAUUAAGGUUAUGUUUCAGUCUAUUGUGGAGCCUAAGGCUCCAACUCCUGCCUCUUCGACUCCUGAGAGGUCUGUUGGAAGAGUUACAAGAACUGGGAGGAACCAUGGAAGUCACCAUGCAAGAGUAACAAUCAGUUGCCCUGAAAAGGUUGAAAUUGCAGGAAAAGUUGUGCUCCUACCAGGAAGCUUCAAGGAGCUACUUGAGAUUGGAGCCAAUAAAUUUGGUAUCACUCCCGCUAGGAUUCUGAGCAGGGAUGGAGCUGAAAUUGAUGAUCUAGAUGUGAUUAGAGAUGGUGAUCAUCUUUUGUUUGUCAGUUCUCAUAAACCCAGUUCCCGCUCGCCUGAUUUUUUGCAAUAAGGCAUAUGAUUCUUUGUAAUUAAUGGAAGCAUUCUGCCUCAUUUUAUAGUUUUCUUUUUCUUGGCUGA